AUGGCACGUCCUGUACAAGAUGCGAUACUAUUGAUGGGCGAUUCCAUCACCUCUCGACAAGAUGUACCAUUAUCCCUAUAUGCACGAUUGUCCGAGGUCUACAGGCGCCAUAUGGACAUCUUGAACCGUGGACUUGGCGCUUACAACACUAGGUUCUACCUUCCACUCCUUGACCAAUUCCUUUUACGUCGAGAAGAGUCAUCCCAUCCGCAACACAUUCGAUUGGUCACUAUAUGGUUCGGAGCGAAUGACGCGGUGUUACCUGAAUUCCUACAACACGUACCCCUUGAAGAGUACAUAAACAACCUAGAUUCUAUCUUGGCUCUCCUCACUUCAAAGGAAUCCCCCUAUUCAGUUGCUCAUGACGAUGGUCCGCUGAACAUAGUAUUGGUAACCCCUCCUCCUGUGUAUCCUGAAAUGAUGGGAGACGCAGAUUUUGCCGGACAGAGGAACAUGAACAAUACAAGGAGAUACGCGGAGGCUGUUAUGGCACUCGGGCAAAAGUGGGAGGAGAAGGAACUGUCCAGCAAAGGGAAAUGGAAGUUGCGAACAGUGGAUAUGUUCCAAGGGAUUUUACAAGCAGCUGGAGGGGAAGGAGAACCGCUGAGACCGUACUUCACAGACGGGCUGCACCUUUCCACUUUGGGAUACAAUCUACUUUGGGACAGGCUGUCCAGUAUGAUUGACAAUGACUUCAAAGGCCGAGGUCUCUCCCGUUUAGAUUCAGAUUUCACAGUCCCCGACUGGUCGAUUCUCGAUCACACUAACCCUCGCAGCGCAGUAGACAAGAUGAAAGGCUCGUAUAAAAGAGUAUGA